GAUAUAUAAGGAGAAAAAUAAAAUCUUCUCAGCCGCGGCCUUUGUGUGGCCUCGUGUUCCUCGUUAUCUCUUCUUCCCCUCACUCGCCUCCCCUUCCAUCUACCUCCAAUCCCUCUCCGAUUUGUAAUAAACCCUAAUUAUUUUUUCGAUUGCUCUUCGAUCGGCUCUCGAGAUUUGGUGUUCUCCAAAGUAAUCGAAGAAGUUUUAGUUUCAAUCGAACGAGUGGUGGGUUCUCCGUCGCCGAAGAAUCUCGGUUUCUUGGUUUGUUUGCGGGUGGUUGGAGACCUAUCACUCCUCCUUUGGGGUCGAUGAGAUUUGUUGAUUCGGAAUUCGGGGCGCGCGAUGGCUUCUGUGCCGUCUAUAUCUGCUUCUGUGGAGUGCGCGAAUCUCUGCAAGCUUUCUAAAGGAGAAGGGAGUGGAAGUGGGCGGUAUGAAUGCAGUGUGCUCUCGUGUGCUUGGAAGGCGCCGAGGGAUCGAACCGGGUCGCUCGCCAGCACGCCGCUGCCCCCGUGUUCGUUGCAGCUUCAGGAGGGGCAGGGCAGGAGGUGGAGGAGCUCGUCGCACUAUGUGAAACCCCUGGCCACCUGGAGAUUUGAAGACCGUAAUUUUAGAAACUUAGGUUAUAGAGGAACUGUUGAUCUUGUGAUCUCUGGAAGGUUUAUUAGUUCAUGUGUUACUUUUUUCUCCGACAAAACAUGGAAGCUGAGUUAUUCUUCCUCAUAUUCAGAACCCUCUGAUGCCAUUUCUCCUGAGUCAUUGUGGGAGGAUCUGAAACCAACCAUUUCAUAUCUUGCACCCGAGGAGUUGAAGUUAGUAAAUGAUGCUUUGAAGCUAGCUUUUGAAGCUCACAAUGGUCAGAAACGGCGAAGUGGAGAACCCUUUAUUGUCCAUCCAGUUGCAGUCGCUCGGAUUCUUGGAGAACUUGAGCUGGACUGGGAGUCAGUUGCUGCUGGUUUAUUACAUGACACUGUUGAAGAUACAAAUAUAGUUACAUUUGAAAGGAUCGAAAGGGAGUUUGGUGCUACUGUGCGCCACAUUGUUGAGGGAGAGACUAAGGUAUCCAAGCUUGGAAAACUACAGUGCAAAAAUGCAAACAGUUCAGCACAAGAUGUAAAAGCUGAUGAUCUAAGGCAAAUGUUUCUUGCGAUGACAGAAGAGGUUCGUGUUAUUAUUGUCAAAUUGGCUGACCGGUUACAUAAUAUGCGCACUCUUUCACACAUGCCUCAGCACAAGCAGUGUAGCAUUGCACUGGAGACACUGCAGGUGUUUGCCCCUUUAGCAAAGCUUCUAGGAAUGUACCAAAUAAAGUCAGAACUGGAAUAUCUGUCGUUCAUGUAUACGAACCCCGUUGAUUUUGCUGAGCUCAAAAAAAGAGUUGAAGCACUUUAUAAGGAUCACGAGAAAGAAUUGGAAGAGGCAAAGAAGAUUCUGAGGCAGAGAAUUGAGGAGGAUCAACUUUUAGAUCUUGUGACAGUGAAAACUGAAGUUCAGUCUGUAUGUAAGGAACUGUACAGUAUAUAUAAAGCUGCAUUGAAAUCUAAGAGUUCCAUAAAUGAAGUUAACCAAAUCACACAGCUUCGUAUCAUUGUAAAGCCAAAAACCUGCAUUGGAGUUGGGCCUUUAUGCUGUACACAGCAGAUCUGUUACCAUGUUCUUGGUCUUGUUCAUGGAAUCUGGACUCCUAUACCUCAAGCUAUGAAGGAUUACAUUGCAACUCCAAAACCUAAUGGCUAUCAAAGUCUCCACACCACUGUGAUACCAUUUCUGUAUGAGAGCAUGUUCCAUUUGGAAGUUCAGAUAAGAACAGAAGAUAUGGACUUAAUAGCUGAAAGAGGUAUAGCUGCCCAGUACAGUGGGCGAGGUAUAGUUUCUGGUAAGGUGGGACGUGGAAUGGCCAGUGGCUGGAAUUCAAAAGGAAAGUCUAUGUGCUUGAACAGUACAGAUAUUGCUCUCAGGAUUGGCUGGCUCAAUGCAAUAAGAGAAUGGCAAGAGGAGUUUGUUGGUAACAUGAGUUCUAGGGAGUUUGUGGAUACUAUCAUGCGAGACCUGCUAGGGAGCCGUAUCUUCAUAUUUACACCAAAAGGAGAGAUAAAAAACCUACCAAAAGGAGCUACUGUUAUUGAUUACGCUUAUCUGAUUCACACUGAAAUUGGCAACAAAAUGGUAGCUGCAAAGGUCAAUGGUAAUCUUGUUUCACCCAUGCAUGUACUUGCUAAUGCUGAAGUUGUUGAGAUAAUCACAUACAAUGCAUUAUCAAGCAAAUCUGCUUUCCAGAGGCAUCAGCAAUGGUUGCAGCAUGCAAAAACUCGCAGUGCUAGACACAAAAUUUUGAAGUUUUUGAGAGAGCAAGCUGCACUCUGUGCGUCUGAAUUAACUGCAGAAACAGUAAAUAAUUUUGUUGCUGAUCUUGAGGAUGAGAGUGAUUAUGAACAAACAUUUUCCAGCUCUCCAACUAAGGAAAGAAAUUCCAAAUGGGAGAAAAUACUUGGGAACAUUGAAGAAUCAUCUUCCACAAAACGAAAACAAGAUCUCUUACAUGUUCAGGAUAGUGCUGGCAUCUCUAAGAUCAAUGGGAAGCACAACGAAAGUAUGCAGAAAAUGAAUCUUAAGGUUAAUGGGAAUUCAGUGAUUCCAGGACAUGGGUUUGCUGAGUUCUUACAUGCUAACGUACCUACAUACAAGGAAGUUUUACCCGGCUUAGAAAGCUGGAAAGAUGGCAAAAUUGCUUCUUGGCACAAUGUGGAAGGCCUUGCAAUUCAGUGGUUUUGUGUAGUAUGUAUUGAUCGAAAAGGUAUGAUGGCUGAAGUUACAUCAGCAUUGACAGCCACUGGGAUUACGAUAUGCUCUUGUGUGGCGGAGAUUGACAGAAGAAAAGGAAUGGCAGUCAUGUUGUUUCACUAUGAAGGCACCUACAACGACCUGGUCAAUGCUUGCUCAGGUGUGGAUGUGAUCCUUGGUGUUCUAGGUUGGUCUGCUGGUUGUAGCUGGUCAAGUCCUUUGGAUGAUCACAAUUUUCUCGAAUGCUAAUAGACGGAAGCAGACCUUUAAACUGAGCAGGGGUUCCUUGGCUGCGAGAAGAGCAGAUGUAAAUACCAAUUUUUGCAAUCCGAGGGGGUAUUACAUAGUUUUGUAGCAUGAAGAGGGUUUCAGUUUAUCCAUUCAUACUCAUAAAAAUAAAUCAUCACCAGCUAGUUAAUCUAGUCAGCGGAGUGAGGGGCAUGUAAAUAGGUUAAAAGAGUAGUUCGGAACUUCUCAACAUAUAGAAGCAUCUGUCAUGCUUGUAGAGGCUUCUUUUUGCAAAUAGGGUGAAAUAAACUAUUCAUGUCGAAAUAAAGUGGUACGCUCCUACAUGGUAAGCGUUGAUUGAUGCA